ACUAUCCGAUCCCAUUUUCUAUUUUUAUCCUUCACCGCCGUACGUACCGCCGGCGAUUCGCCUCGCGGUCGGGCGCUUUUCACCAUCGAUCCGGGCGCCGCCGUCGCUCUCGCAGUUGCCGCCGCAGCUUCAUGCUGCCGGGGAAAGAGGGUUCGGCCCUUUGCCGCCCACGCCGCUUUCCCUUUCCACCGGAUUCGAUCCGCCCCCCGUUCCGGGCAGGGAAUCCCCCACCUUUCGCGGCGUGCGGUUGCUUCCGCCACUCGCUUCCGGCCGGCCGCGUCGGGUGGGAGAUCACCGGAGCGCGCCGAGAUAAGAGAGCAGGACAACAAAAGCCGCUGUACGCGCACAUUCGUGCCCCCAUCUCCAUCUCCUUUUCGUCGCCAUGAUGAGCUCCAGUGGUUCCGAGGUGGGGGAGCGCGCCUCACAUAGAUGAAAGGGGCUCAGGAUAGGAAGCAGAAGAAGAAGCAGGACCUGCAGGUGCUGGCGCCCUUCCCCGGCUGCCUCGGGAGGGUCAUCAACAUGUUCGACCUCGGCAACGGCGUCGUCGCCACCAAGAUGCUCACCGACAAGGCGCACCGAGACGUUUCUCCGGCGGGUAAGGACCGGAGCGGCGCUUUCAAGACGGCAAGCAAUCAGUUCCCGUCUCAGAUUGAAGAUAAACAGAGAGAUAGUCAGCAAAGAAGGAGCUCUCCAACAAAGAGAUCAAACUCGCCCACCAACAGAUCUGGCAUGUCACCCGUCAAGAUGCUCAUGGAGCAGGACAUGUGGAGAGAAGGGGUGCCUGAUGACGAGCCUCUCAAUGUUGUUGCCAGAUUGAUGGGUCUAAACGAUGCUCCAGUCGCCCACCAAUCUGAUUUGGCAUCAGGAAGACGGUUCAGCAAGGAAGACGACAGCCGAAAUGUCAAGCCAAAGAAAGAAAUCAAAUGCCACCAGAACCAUAAGGCAGGAACACGGCAUGAGGAGACAUGGAGCAGUUUACGUGAUCAGCCUUCGAAGAUGGAUAGCAGCAAGAACAGGCACCAAGGGAAGGAUCCUUCUUGCGAGAGGAGAAUGUCCCUCGUCCGCGAGAAGUUUGCUGAAGCAAAACGCCUGGCCACAGACGAGAAGCUUCUCCAUUCAAAGGAGUUCCAGGAAGCGCUGCAGUUUUUGAGCUCAAAUAAAGACUUGUUCCUGAAGUUCCUAGAUGAGCCAACUCCCCUGUUAUCAAACAACCAUUAUGGGUUUGAACCUGUUGCACCACCUUCAGAAAUAAAGCAAAUAACCAUACUGAAGCCAUCAGAAUCAGCGAAGAGAAAGGGCAAUAUUCAUGUUGGGAGGCAGCUAUAUUCAGAGGGAAAUGAAGCUGAAGGCAACAGAUGCUGGCGCCACCAGAGCUUAAAUGUUAACCCGGCAAAUUCAACCCUGUCCGAACCAACAAGAAUUGUGGUACUAAAGCCAGGACUUCCAAAGUCUCAUGAAGAUACGAUCCCAGUGUCCUCGUUGGAAUCAUCGACAGAACCAGAUAGUGACGAUGAUAGUGUGAUGGCAGUUGAUGAAACAGUAUCCUCGAGAAGACUGGCCAAGGAGAUCACUUGGCAGAUGAGGAUGCGCUUAAAAGAUAGCCAGGAUGAAGAUAGUUCGCUCUCUUAUGAAUACCAUGAUACUUACGUUGAAAAUAGCUCCUUUAGCAAGUCAGAGGUUGAAACUGCUAAAGAAGUGUCAGGUGAAAUAAGUGAGGAUCUGGAGUUUGGUACUCCCACUUCUGGCCGUUCCUGGGAUUUCCUGAGCAGGAGCGACAGCCCUUACUCUGCAUCAUGCUCCAGUCAGGCGUCCAACAGACGUGAACCGUCAGUGGUUAAGGAAGCCAAAAGGCGGAUUUUGGAGAGAUGGUCGGUGGUAUCGUCGACUGUUGGUGGCGAGGAAGAAAGUGGAGCACGUAGAAGUGUGGGCACGCUAGGUGAGAUGCUCACAAUCCCUGAAGGAAAAAAAUAUCAGGAGGAGUGUGGGGGGAUAACAUUAGAGAGCAGAUCGCCUGAGCUGGAUACUGCAGAUCCUUUCUCAUGUUUGCCAAGGUCUCGGUCUCUUCCAGUUUCUUUGUCUUAUGGAGGCAGGGAGUCGAAUGUAGUUGCCGUUGGUUCUCAGGAAGCUGACAAUGAAAAAAGUAGGAAGUCGUCAUCAUUCAGGGAAAGAGUUUCCAGCCUGUUCUCUAAAAACAAGAAAUCAGCUCGGGAGAAGUUAGGUCCACCUGGAGUUUUGUCUGCUAAUAAUGCGUUCAAGAAUGGAAGUGCUGUGACUAAUGGCGAUGGCAGUGUAUGCUCUAGCCAUUUUACACUGGAUAAUCUACAUAAACACACUUUGCUUGAUGCUGAUGAGGAUGCUGUGCAAAGACUCAUGGCUAGUUCUUGCCACACUAAUAAUGUGCCUAGCAUCCCCGCCAAGGGUGUUUCUCCUUUGCCAAGUCUUGGCGUCCCUGGAUUCUACGGUGAAUCUCAAGACCAACCAAGCCCUGUUUCUGUACUGGACCCGGAUGGUCCGUUUCUCUGCGAUAAUAAUAGGAGGCUACUGUACUCAACUGAAAAUUUCAUCACCACAUCCCCACAAAUCAUGUCCAGGUCUCCACUUAUUGGGUCAUUUUCAAGAUCCUUGUCGUGGGAAGAACCCCCAGCCGAAGUCAUGUCGCCAAAUUCUUUGAGACUAGCAAGGCUUUUCUCCAAGGCCGAUGACGAUCAAGACUCGUUGACGAUUAUCCAGAAGUUAGUCUCCUCAGCUGGCAUGGAUAGAAAAGGUUGCCUAUUAGCCAGCCCUCUGGACCCAAGGUUGCUCGAGAAGUUAUCGGAUCAUCAAGCAGAGGAGAUCAAGUCCAGGGAAAGACGGUCAAAAGAGAGGCUUCUCUUUGAUGCUGUCAAUGAGGCGCUCACCGAGCUUACUUGGACAACAGAAUUGUCGGCUUACCCAUGGGGUCGGACAUGUUGUUCGCAACGCAAAGCUCACGGUGAUGAUUCUUCCUGUAACUCCGCCGCCGAUGAAAUCUGGCGGGUCAUAAGGAACUGGUCGAUACUCGACAAGUAUCCGCCCGGCGAAGUCAUUGAGAGGAACCUUCUGCUGGAGAUGAUCCUCAAGAGGGAGGUGGUGGAGACCGCCACCGCCGACACGGCACGGCUAGAGACGUUUGAAGUCUGCGCCACGGUUUGUACGGUGCUUUUGGAGGACCUGCUUGAGGAGGCCCUUGUAGAUUUGACUAACAACACCUAGUGAGGUACCUCCGCCCCCUAACUAUUGAUUUUGCCUCUCCCCCCACCCCUAGUGUUUCUGUUCGCGUGAUGAUACUUCGCUGCUGUAACACUGCUCUAUUUAUCGUGUUACCGCAGAAAAUUUGAUGCCCAAUGUGUGCCUUUUUCCUAAUUUAUCCUCUCCUUUUUUUUAUAUAGGGGUGAUACUGUAAUUAGCUGAUUGUUUACCUGUUUUGACUAAUAAACCAUGCCGGUGUUGAAGGUCA